AUGCGAGAGGCUGCAGAGCGGAGGCAGCAGCUAGAAUUGGAGCAUGAGCAGGCCUUGGCUGUACUCAAUGCAAAGCAGCAGGAGAUUGACCUUCUACAGGAGGCUCAGGUUGAGGCUAAAAAGGAACAUGAAGGCGCUGUCCAUCUGUUAGAGGCCAAAGUCCGCGAGCUGGAGGAGAAAUGUCGGAGUCAGAGUGAGCAGUUCAACCUCCUGUCAAAAGAGCUGGAGAAGUUCCGGCUCCAGGCUGGGAAGUUUGACAUCCUCAGCACGGAACCUUUAACUCUAUGUGAAUCUCCUGGAUCGCCAAACAAAUCUUUGUCUCAGCUCCUCAAUGGAUUGGCUGCCCCCCUAGGAAAAGGCAAUGAAGCUCCAUCAAGCAGAUCUUUGAUAUCGGAGUUCAUUCGACCGCUCCAGAUCAGUGGAGACAAGCCUGAGCUCCUCUCUGUCAAGCCAACAUUCCUCACUCGUGGUCGAUCCAGCAGCCCGAUGGACAAAGAGCUGAGCUCAACCACCAGGUCCAAACCAAGAUUCACUGGGAAGGUUCGUCUGUGUAUUGCUCGGUACAGUUACAAUCCUUAUGAUGGGCCUAAUGAGCAUCCAGAGGCAGAGCUCCCCCUGGUGGCAGGGAAGUACCUCUACGUUUACGGGACAAUGGAUGACGAUGGCUUUUAUGAAGGAGAGCUGCUGGAUGGACAGCGGGGUCUCGUCCCAUCUAACUUUGUAGAUCUUGUCCAAGAUGAGGAGACAACGUCUGUCCAGCGACGGGGCACAGCGGCUAAACAACCUGGCUACCUCAACCACAGUAGCCUGGGAUCUCAGAGACUGGGGGUCGGCACAGGAACAGGAACAAGCAUUAGCAGCCUGCUGUCUGACAGUAAACUAGACUGUCUAAGUUCAAGAAGCUUGGGCAUUGACCUCAUGGGUUCUUCCAGCAAUGGGACGGGAACGCUGGAUGUCAGCAUUGACGAGAUCGGUGAAGACAUUGUGCCUUAUCCCCGCCGCAUCAACCUGAUUAAACAACUGGCCAAGAGUGUAAUUAUUGGUUGGGACCCACCUGUGGUCCCACCAGGUUGGGGUUCCAUCAGAGGCUACAAUGUCUUGGUGGAUAAGGAGGUGCGCAUGAGUGUCCCCUACGGGGGCAGGACAAAGUCUCUUAUUGAAAAGCUCAAUUUAGCUACCAACACUUACCGUAUCUCAGUGCAGAGCAUCACUGACCGGGGCCCGUCGGACGAGCUCCGGUGCACUCAGCUGGUGGGAAAGGAUGUGGUGGUGGCACCUUAUUACUUGCGGGUCGACAGCAUCACGCAGGUCUCUGCUGAGCUCUCCUGGAUGCCCAGCAACAGCAACUACAGUCACACCAUCUUCCUCAACGGUGCAGAGUACGACAUGGUCAAGGCCGGGGGCUACAAGUACAAGUUCUUCAACCUGAAGUCCAUGACAGUUUACAAGGUGAAAGUUGCGGCGCAGCCCCAUCAGGUGCCUUGGCAGCUUCCCAUGGAUCACAGGGAGAAGAGGGAAAUCUCUGUGGAGUUCUGCACUCAGCCUUCAGGGCCCCCCCUACCUCCCCAGGAGGUGCAUGUUCAAUGUGGUCAGACGCCUGGGUUCCUGCAGGUCAGAUGGAAGCCGCCACCUCUGUCGCCUUCAGGAACCUCCAACGGAGCCAGUGUGAUCGGCUAUGUUGUGUGGACAAAGGGAGAAAAGAUCGCAGAAGUCUUGUACCCCACAGCAGACUAUGUGACCGUGGAGUUAAACAGGAUUCAGGGUCUGGAGGCCAGAGAAAUCAUUGUAAGGACGUUAUCAACACAAGGAGAGUCCCAGGACUCUCCUGUGGCCGUCAUCCCACACAAUCUCUUGGCUCCUCCUCAACCCCAGCCUCACUUCCAGCGCCACCCAAUGCCCAAGUCCAAGCCGUUUGUAAGUGCCAGAGAGCCAGAAACCAAAGAGCAUGAUGUGGGCCCGCGGCCGGCCCAGCCCUGGGAGCGCUCCUCCUCUCCGCUGCCAACCAUGCGCGGCCCCAACCUAGAGCCGCCACAAUUCCAGCAACGGCGAUCGCCCUCUCCUCAGAGGAUCCUUCCGCAGCCUCAGGGAGUCCCCAUCACCAACACCAUCGCCAAGGCCAUGGCCAGGGAAGCUGCCCAGAGAGUGUUUGCCGAGGGUAACAGGAUUGACAAAAGGAAUAUCUUUAGUGAACGAGGUAACACGUUGCAUCCACUCAACUCUGACGAGGAGGAGGAUGGAUACGACUCUCCUCACGCGAGGAGGAGAGGAGCCUCGGUGGAUGAGUUCCUCAGAGGCUCCGAGCUGGGCAGACAGCAACAUCAUCACCACUACAGCCACAGUGAGGAGUACCAGACCGAGAGCAGCCGGGGGUCCGACCUGUCCGACAUCAUGGAGGAGGACGAGGAAGACCUGUACUCUGAGAUGCAACUGGAGGAAGGCCGCAGGCGCAGUAUCAACUCUCACAACACUCUUAAGAUCAUUGGGAACUCGGCGUCGCACGGAAACGAGGAUCGUCUGGACCACUCGGGGAGGAGGCCGGUUCACGUCGGCACCCCCCCUCAGCGACGACCCAUCCCAUCCAUUGAGAUCACCAUGGACAGUAACAGUGAGGGGAGUGAGGGGAACCUCUCACCCGUCAAGGACGAUGUUUACUAUGGCAGUGUAGCUCGGCGCAGGAUAUGGCGAUCUAUGUCCUCAGAGGAUCAAUAUGACGGCUAUGGCGGUCGCAGGCACGGGCGGGGACGGCGUUCCCAGGAGUACUACGAGGAAUCGGAGCCAGAGGAGACGACCCGUGUGUUCGUGGCACUGUUCGACUAUGAUCCCCUGUCCAUGUCUCCCAACCCCGAUGCUGCUGAUGAGGAGCUGCCGUUCAAGGAGGGCCAGAUUAUCAAGGUGUUUGGGCACAAAGAUACAGACGGCUUCUACAGGGCGGCAAUCCGAGAGCGAGUGGGUCUGAUCCCCUGUAACAUGGUCUCUGAGAUCCAAACGGAGGAUUACGACAUGAUGGACCAGCUCCUCAAACAGGGCUUCCUGCCUCUCAACACUCCUGUGGAGAAGUUAGAGAGGAAUAGGCGGAGCGGCCGUCAGCACCCAAUGUCGACACGAAGGAUGGUCGCUCUGUAUGACUAUGACCCCAGAGAGAGCUCCCCUAACGUUGAUGUAGAGGGUGAACUGACUUUCUGUGCCGGUGACGUCAUCAUGGUCUUUGGUGAAAUAGAUGAGGAUGGCUUUUACUAUGGCGAGCUCAAUGGACACAAGGGACUCGUUCCUUCCAACUUUCUAGAAGAAGUGCCUGACGAUGUAGAGGUUUUUCUCACUGACUCAUCAUCUCGAUACCCCCAGGACAAUCCAGCUCGGAUAAAGACCAAAAGGGUUCCACUGGACAAAUCGGGUCCGCCCAGAAGAGCAGCCUCACCCACGGUGCGUCCAUGCGCCCUGGACUGGGGCCCGGCCGCCGCGGGGCCACUGGACUUGUACUCCUCCAAAAAGAAAAAGGGACUGAUCUCCAAAGGGAAGAAACUAUUGGGAAGACUUGGCGCUGUAAAAUAA